GGAGGCGGGAGUGAAGUCUCGCGAGAAGAGGCUGUUUCGUAGCGGAGCCCUCUGGCUGAGAGUGUCUGAGGAUCCGCCGCCGGAUCCGCGGACGGUUUAGUGAGCCCGUUAGUACCCCUGUCGAGACUCACGUCGCCGUCAUGUCCCGCUACCUGCGCCCCCCCAACACGUCUCUGUUCGUAAGGAACGUGGCCGACGAUACCAGGUCCGAAGAUUUACGACGAGAAUUUGGUCGUUAUGGUCCUAUAGUUGAUGUGUAUGUUCCACUUGAUUUCUACACGCGUCGUCCAAGAGGAUUUGCUUAUGUUCAAUUUGAGGAUGUCCGUGAUGCCGAAGAUGCUUUACAUAAUUUGGACAGAAAAUGGAUUUGUGGACGCCAAAUUGAAAUACAGUUUGCACAAGGAGAUCGGAAGACUCCAAAUCAAAUGAAAGCCAAGGAAGGGAGGAAUGUGUACAGUUCUUCACGCUAUGAUGAUUAUGACAGAUACAGACGUUCUAGAAGCCGAAGUUAUGAAAGAAGAAGAUCAAGAAGCCGGUCCUUUGAUUACAACUAUAGAAGAUCUUAUAGUCCUAGAAACAGUAGACCGGCUGGAAGACCACGGCGUAGCAGAAGCCAUUCCGACAAUGAUAGAUUCAAACACCGAAAUCGAUCUUUUUCAAGAUCUAAAUCCAAUUCAAGAUCACGGUCCAAGUCCCAGCCCAAGAAAGAAAUGAAGGCUAAAUCACGUUCUAGACCAAACUGCAGCUGGAAUACCCAGUACAGUUCUGCUUACUACACUUCAAGAAAGAUCUGAGAAAGCGGAAAAAGAACCAAAGAAGGGCAGUUCAAGCGACCAAAGGGUGGGUGGAAGGUGCUGCAGUAUGAAUACUGUACGAAUAUUUUGACUCUGGUCUGAAAAGAUAAAAGAAUGUUAUCGAAACUACAUGGAAUAAUUGAAGUCCCUUCAAGUUUGAAAGUAAGCAUUUUAGGACAAAUAAAAGGAAAUUCAACUUUGUACUUGUGGAAACUAAUCCCUAAAUCUGAAUAGGUUUAUAUUGAUUCAUGGGUAACAGGUCCCUAAUAAAUUAUUGGAAACUAGGAUGUCUGAAUAUCAAGGAAGACAGCCAUAGUCUCUUACAGUGCCUCUAUUGGUCUGUCUCAAACUGAAUUGGGUGAGAAAAGGUAUGGUCCAGUAUAAACUUUUUCCUGGUUAUCUCUUAAAGUCAGUUCCAUUUUCGCUAUUGGCAAAUCUUGCCUUUGUUUAUUCCAGUGCCAGUGUUUUUCUGCUUAAUGGUUUGCUUUGUUGGCAUCUGAGUUUAUUUACUUGUAUGCCAUGUGCAGUUUACAUCUUACACUCUUUUCCAGGUAAAUUCCAAUUAAAAUACUUGACAUCUAGCUAAGAGGGUCCAUCUCUUCUCACCUCUGUCCUAAGUCAGUAUAUUCAGAAAACAUUUACUGAGCCCUUAACUGUGGGCAAAAAUUGUACUGGGUAAUCGGGGAGAAAAAUAGAAUUCACUUAUUUAAUAAAUGUCUACUGAGCACAAUCUAGUCAAUCAUUACAGUAUGACCUCAUUGUUUUGAGGUGUAUUAUUCAUAAUAUUUUACACCAUUCAUAUCUUAAAUGUAAUUAUAAAACCCAGAAUACUAUCAAUGAUAAUUUUGUGGUUAUCUGCCAUUUAAAAGUAUCCAGUAUUUCUGUUUGCAUCCCAUUAAUACAAAUAAUGAAAAAAUGUUUUAAUCUGUAAUAAACUGAUUUAUUGUGCAGUGACUGUAAUAUACUAGAGUUAUAUUAAAUUGUUAACUCUGCCUCCUCAAACACACAUUAGGAAAUCCCAAAAAUAAGUAACUUUGCAUUAGACUAAAGGAGACUCUGGGUGCUAUAAUUAGAUUAUUUUGAGGCAGACAGAGAGCUGUUAUCCCAACUGAUUUAGUGUGUUCUGUAAUUGAGAAAAUGUUCACCAGAUUAUACUUUUUAGUGAUUUACAUGUACAUUUUAUAGGGGACAUGUUCUGUGUAUAGUGAAUAAAUAACUUUUAUAGUAUCACAAAAAUGUUUUGGAUUCCUUAGUUCCUUAUUAGGAUAUUAAGUUUGUUUAUCUAUACAUUGAUUCUUCAUCAUUCAUAUUUGAUUUUUGUCAUUUCUGCCACAUUUUUUUGUGUGUGAAGUUCUUCAUCUGAAAAUACGGAAGUGUCCAAGCCUUUUGUUUAAAACAAUUGAAAAUACUGCAGAAUAUACAUAACUAUGGGAGAUACGAAAUGGAGGUAUUUUUAUUCCUGUUUGAUUAAAAAAAAAAAAAUUUUUUUUUUUCCCAAACUUGCCUAAGAUCACACAGCAAGUAAGUGGCAGAUCCUAGGUUAGAGUUCAUGGUUUUUUAUUUGGUUCCUGCUAGUUUUGUGCCUUUUUUUUUUAAUCAAAUGGGAGAUUUUAUGACUUAAUAAUAUUAAUAUAAUGGGAUCUAGAGUUCAUGCAGAGGGAAGAUUUAAUAGAUUUAUGAAAAAGAUAUAAUAUCAAAAAGUAUUUUGUUUGUGCUUUGUGGAUGAAAAAGAGGUUAAAUGUAAUCCAAGACUUCACAGCUGUUGUGACUCAGGCUCUCCAUCCUGGCUUUCCAAAUUUCAUUCACACUGUAUUGCAUUUUGACCCUAUUGUUUACAAAAUCCUGAGAUACUUUGAAAAGAGGCGGCUGUGAUUUGAGACAGCACAAUGAUAGUGGAGGAAUAAAUAAUCUUAAUGGCAUUUCUAACCAGAAGGUCGGGGCUUUUAGGAGCAAACUGUUCCAUUUAUAAAUGAAGUAAGCAACCUGCUUGUUUUCGUUCAAGUGUUGACAUCUACAAGAUGUAGCUAGUUGCUAUAGAAAAGUGUCCGUCUGGGGUUUUUUCUCUGCCCCUUUCCAACAGUGUUGGUGAUGUUUAUUGCAUUGUGUUUCUGUGUAUUCCUAAUGGCUGUUUCACCGUAUUAAAAUGGGAUUCUUUAUUUGGAAUAAAAAGCAAGACAUGUAAA